AUGGCCAUGGUUCAGCCAAGGGACGUGUUCUGGAUUGCAUCAUGCACGAAACUCAUCACGGCUAUCUGCUGCAUGCAACUUGUUGAGCGCGGACAUAUCUCUCUUGAUGAUGCGGAAGUGGUAGAGCGGCUUUGUCCAGAAUUGAAGGAUGUGCGUGUCUUACGUGGUGGGGAGCUUUUGGAGAAGAAGAGGGGGAUUACGUUGAGGAUGCUUCUUACUCAUACUGCGCAGCUGGCUUCGGAUACUCGUUUUCGAAUCACGCCUUACGGGACUACGGUCGACCAGCAGGUGGUGGCACUGGAUGCUUCUAUACUGCUUCGGACUACGCUCAUAAUCCCAUGCGCAGCAUGCCUUCCUACCUACCUUGCCUGUCGCCAGGGAAGUGAAGAACACGAAUACGCUGAGGCUCCUGUGGUUUGUCCAUUAACAGAAGAAUGCGGGCCAUAUGGUAGCUGUUCCAAGUCUGCAACUGGACUUUCAGUCCCUUCCACCUUUCAAGUAGGUCCUGGGUCGCCCCAAUUCGUGCGCUGUGGCCUGGUCGCCGGGGUUCAAGCUAUCGCCGAAAGUGAGAAAGUUCAACUUCAAGCGACUCAGCAAAGAGCAGAGAACGGAGUAGUGAGGAAGGCUAAGGUGGAUGUCAUGACACUUGAUAACAUCGUUCCCAUCGCCGCCAUCACAGGCGCUUUAAUCGAGAAGUGCGCGCUCGAGUCGAAGAAGCCCAUCCUAGCCAUACGUUUAGAGGGAGUUAAAUGCAGUUUGUAA